AUGUCGCCGAUCCCCUACGGAAGCCGCCUCUCGGCGCCGCUGCUCCGGUCCUACUCGUUCACGGGCAAGGCCUACUUCAACUCCGACGGCUGCAGCGACGCCAUCGCCGCGCGCCGCGAGAAGGGCGCCAACGCGCUCGCGCAGCGCUUCGACGCGCUCAUGGGCGCCAAGGCGAAGCAGCUCAACGACACGCUCGUCGCGGGCCUGAGCGACAUCCGCUUCACGGACACGAACCGCGUGCCCUUCCAGUUCCAGAAGGAGACGCGGGCCCGCUACCGCGUCGCCUCCAUCACGCAGUCGUCCGAGGGCCCGGUGCUCGUCGACGUCGACGGCGGGCGGGCCAUCGACGUGUCCGGCUCCUACGGCGUCAACGUCUGCGGCUACGACGCCUACAAGGGCUUCGUGGACCGCGCGUGGAGCCGCGUCAAGGACCUCGGCCCGAACGUGCUCGGCCCCGUGCACCCGAUCAUCUCCGACGUGCUCCCGGCGCUGAAGAAGAUCGCGAACAAGGAGGAGGUGAGCUUCCACAUGUCGGGCACGGAGGCCGUCAUGUGCGCCGUGCGGCUCUGCCGCUUCAACACGGGCCGGAAGUUGAUCGUGCAGUUCGCGGGCGCGUACCACGGCUGGUGGGACGGCGUCCAGCCCGGCCCGGGCAGCGAGCGCGCCAAUUCGGACGUGCUCUACCUCAACGACAUGAGCCCGGCCGCGCUCCGCUGCAUCGCCGCGCGCGCGGACGAGAUCGCGUGCGUCUGCGUGAGCCCGCUCCAGGGCCUCAACCCGGGGUCGCCGCCGCCGAGCGAUCUCGUGCUCCUGGACGCCAAGGUGCGGUCCACGGCGGAGAAGGGCAACGCCUACCGCGCCUGGCUCCACCAGCUCAAGAAGGUCUGCAACGCGAGCGACGUGCCCCUGCUCUUCGACGAGGUCUACACGGGCUUCCGCAUGGCGCCCGGCGGCGCCCAGGAGUACUACGGCGUCGACGCCGACGUCGUCGUCUACGGCAAGACGUUGGGCGGCGGCCUGGCCAACGGCGUCGUCUGCGGGCCCGCGCGGCUCAUGAAGCGCUUCGACGAGGCGAAGCCCGUCCGCGUCGCCUACGUCAUCGGCACCUUCUCCGCGGCGCCGCUGACCCUCGCGACCAUGGCCGAGUUCCUGGCCUGGGUCCAGACGCCGGCGACGAUCGCCGCCUACGCGGACGCGACGGCUCGGACCGACGCGUGGGUCCACGACGUCAACGUCGCCCUGGCCGCAGAGAACCUGCCCAUGCGCGUCGACAACCUCACGACGGUCUGGACCGUGCUCUUCACGCAGCCGGGCCGCUACCACUGGAUGUUCCAGUACUACCUCCGCGCGGAGGGCCUCGCGCUGUCGUGGGUCGGCACGGGCCGCUGCCUCUUCAGCCUCGACUUCACGCUCGCGCAGUACGACGCGGUCAAGACCGCGCUCCUCAACGCGGCCAAGCAGAUGCGCACCGACGGCUGGUGGGACGGCGACGUCGACGCCAAGUCCAUCUCCAAGAAGAUCGCCAAGGAGGUCGUCUACAACAUGGUCGCCCAGCCCCUCGGCCUCGCGUCCAACUGA